GCCAAAAGUCUGGCGAAGGCCGUUAAGUUGGAGAAAGCUAACUUGAAGGCAACACUUUUCAAUAUGUCCGACGUACUGGGCGACAUUUUUCUUAAGAACCUGGUCAACCUUGGCUUGGACGAAUCUUUCAACGACCAAAAUGCGAAACCGAUGGUACCUCGUCUUACUCGUUCCUCUUCAUACUUCUCGCCAACUCCCAAGCCCCACAGCGUGAGUUCUGAGCAACUGUCGGAUGGAAGCCCGAACUGGACUUUUGACAUCUGGAGCGACGCACCACCCAGCAAACCCCAGAAUCCAUUCCGACCUGACCGUUCCAUGAGCCUCACUGAGAACAGUAUCGCCUUUGGCAAGCCGAACCCUCUCGAAGUGCCACCACCUCCUGGUUUUCCUCCCCUGACUCCUCAAACACCUAUUCCCUCUAACCGUUACAAGACCGAGCUUUGCCGAAGCUUUCAGGAAAAUGGCAGCUGCAAGUAUGGGAAUAAAUGCCAGUUUGCGCACGGUGAGGCUGAGCUUCGCUGUAUGUACAGGCACCCCAAGUACAAGACGGAGGCGUGCCGCACUUUCUAUAACUUUGGGUACUGUCCCUACGGGACUCGGUGCCACUUUAUCCAUGAAGACAAGUUGUCUUCAUCAAUGCUGAAUCAGAAGAAUCAAACGCCACGUCUCCUCCGCCAAAGCGUCAGCUUUGCGGGCUUCUUGGGGUCUCGCAGUUCCCCACCUCCUGCUCUCCACGAGUCGAUGAGUUUCACCCGUGCGCCCUCAGUCUCCCCACCGCCUUCAGAUCUCCUGUCUCCAGUUUUCAACGAAACAUUUCAAUUCGGCCAGAGCCGCGCAAGUGUUGGCGACAUACACAACAUUCCUCUGAUCGUCGAGCCUCAGAAGAACACCCGCUGUGUUUGCGGUCACGGAAAUAAUCACCCCUCAGCUCUAAACAAAAACUUUGCCAUGGACGAUCGUAACAGUGCCUACUUUACCCAGCCGAAUUUGCAGCGUUUUUCCUCCGAGGACUCCCUGUCUGACCGGGAGAGCUACUCAAGUUCCAGCAGCAACAGUGGCUCUACCUCUCCUACUUUCGACGGGUCGGGGGGCAAGCGCCUGACCGUCUUUGCUAGGCUGUCUGUGUCAGAUUAAUUUCUGCGCUAAGUCAUCAAGGGACUGAUUUUUGACAACACAAAAUAUUUUUAGAUGUCAUAACAGCAGAUUAGCCUUAUCUGGUUUUACCGUCUAUUUAUAUUUAGUGAUUUACCAUUGAAUGAAAUGAUUUGGUGCACAUCUUAAUCUAAAGCUACGUAUUUUUGUAAUUAUGUAUCAUUGUAUGCAUCCUGCAUAGUCUUCCAAUAGCUUUUUGACAUGACAAUGGAAGAGUGCCUUUCAAUUGUCUAACUCAACUAUCAACUAAGGUUGGUGACAGAGUUUGUCACUGCUGGAAAAAAGUUCAUUCCACUUGUCAGCAAACUGCAAUAUUCCACCAAUGCACACUUAGAGGUGUCAAACUUUUAUAUGUAAUUGCAUAACCAUCAAUGUGACAAACUUGAAAGAGGGAUAGCUAGACAUUCUGUGAUAUGCACUUUAAAAUUGGUCGUGGGAGAAAAACAAACUCCCAAUGUAGCAUAAAACCAAAGCAUUACACUUUUUAUAUACUUUAUAGUUUUCGACAAACUAUUGUAAACAGAGCAGUUCUUACGUGAACUGUCUCUGUCAGAUUUCUAUGACAAACACAAGGUGGGCUCCAACCAAAAUGUGUCCCACUUAGAAAAGCAGAAGAAAAGAAUUGUGCAACUGUUCAUCUACACCUGUUGAGUUGUGUAAUUGUUGACAACAUAGCUGGUUCCUCUCUAAAUGAGAUGUUGCUUCUCAUUGACAGGGACUGUAGCCUAAGAACAGUAUUUCCAUUCAGCUGUGGUUGUCUUCAGUUGUUUAUUUUGUAACUGUACAGACUUAUUUAUUAUGUAUUUAUUAAAGUUAAUAACAACAUAUUUUGUACUUAUUUAUCUGCAAGUGCCAGGGUCAUGAAAAUGUGAGAAAUAUUUCUGUAAACAGAUUGAAAAUGAAAAAAAAAAUGCCUUAAUUAUUUUUGAAAUGGAAAACAAUAAAUAAAUUCAAAAUUACAAAGAGAA